UCUAUGAAUCAUCUGGUAGUAGCACGUGUUGUGGUGUAAACAGUGACAGAAGCCGAAGAUGGAAAAUCAGGAAAUGGACUUGGAUGAACAGGACUCGACAAUAACAACAGAAGAUGGAAGCCAAAAGAAAAAGAAGGUUUAUUUGCCUGGCAAACCACUUAAAGACGGCCAAGAAUUGGUGUGUGACGAGUCAGCCUAUAUUAUGUUGCAUCAGGCACAAACAGGUUCCCCUUGUUUAAGCUUUGAUAUAAUAAAAGAUACAUUAGGAGACAACAGAGAGAAUUUCCCACUGACUGCUUAUGCUGUAGCAGGAACACAGUCACCCAAAGUACAUACCAAUAGCUUAAUAGUGAUGAAGCUGUCUAAUAUGCAUCAGAUAAAACAAGAUGAAGAAGAUGAUGAGAGCAGCGAUAGUGAUAGUGAUGACGAUGAUGAUGAUAACAGUAAAAAACCUCAGAUGAAGUGGUCAUUCAUACAUCACAAAGGUUGUGUAAACAGAGUGCGAGUUUCUACAUAUGAAGACCUUGUGCUGACUGCAGCAUGGUCAGAACUAGGAAAUGUCAGUGUUUGGAACAUAACACCACAGUUACGAGAAGUGGAUCAGCCACAAAAUGACAGUGGUACACUUCCUGGCCAACCGCUGUAUACAUUUACAGGACACCAGUCUGAGGGCUUUGGUUUAGAUUGGUCUUCUGUGAUGCCAGGAGUGCUAGCAUCUGGGGACUGCAAACAUGGAAUUCAUGUAUGGAGGCCUCAAGAAAGCUGGACAGGUUGGCAUGUUGAUCAGAGACCUCUAAUUGGUCACACAUCAUCAGUGGAAGAUCUUCAGUGGUCACCUAAUGAACCUAACGUGUUGGCUUCAUGUUCUGUGGAUAAAAGUUUGAGAAUAUGGGACACCCGUUCAUCGCCUCAGGAUGCAAAUAAAUUAACUGUGGAGAAUGCUCAUGAAAGUGAUGUGAAUGUCAUCAGUUGGAAUAAGCAUGAACCACUCAUUGUUUCAGGAGGAGAUGAUGGCAUUCUCCAUAUAUGGGAUUUAAGAAUGUUCAAGGAAGGGUCAGCUUUGGCUACCUUCAAGCAUCACACAGAGCCGGUGACUACAGUCGAGUGGAAUCCUGUGGAUUCAACAGUUUUUGCAUCUGGUGGUGCUGAUAAUCAAAUAGCCCUUUGGGAUUUAGCUCUGGAAAGAGAUGACACUGCAGAGGAGGAAGAUCUGAAGGAUAUACCACCUCAGCUGCUGUUCAUUCACCAGGGUCAAAAAGAUAUCAAAGAACUCCACUGGCAUCCACAGCUGAAAGGUGUCAUCCUCAGCACAGCUCUCAGUGGCUUCAAUAUUUUUCGUACAAUUAGUGUGUGAUAGUCUUCCAACAGAGACUGCAAGCAAGGGAAGACUAAUGUGGACUGUAAUCAUUCCAGAGGGAGUGAUUGGAUAAGUUGUGAAGGGGUAAUC